AUGCAGUUCUACGCAGUUCUUUUGCCAGUCGCGACCCUCUUAGCUGCUACCGCCAACGCUGCUGAGUGCGUUUCGCAACACGGAUCCCAAAGAUGUGUCGAUUCUACUGAUCUUCUAACUAACCGCGAGGUGUUUUGCAAUAGCCCAAACAAUUAUUUGGCGGAAAACCAGGUUUAUGAGUUCUAUGGUGCCAACGAUUAUAUGGGAAUAUUUUCCCCACACAACAUCCCUAAUCAACAGGCGUGCUGGGAUAGCACUCUUGACAUUAUCGACCAGUGCCUUGGACAUAGGAAUGGUGGCUCGUACUCCGUGGACGGCUGGGAGAUGGAAAUCAACUUCUGUGCUUUUGAAUAG